AUGGCUCGAUCGGUUUCAAAUGGUAAACAUAACACGACUACUCAGGUCGUCGACAACCCCCUAAAACCUAACACUAGGUUUGACGCAACUGUUAUUGCUUCUACCAGCAGCGUUGACGAAUGGGUAAAGGUUGUAAGGAAGAAAAGUAUUGAUAUAAAAGGGAAACCUGGCCCCGUAAAAGUGGUUGAAAAAUCGAAAGCUGAUCAUAGCGACAGAUCAGCUAUUUUUCAUAGAAUUAAGGAGAGCGAUAGCUCUGAACCUAACGCUCGUUUUGAGUAUGACAUUGUACUGAUUAGGCAGCUGCUUAAUCAAUUCAUGCCUCAAAAUAUGACUGGGGUCACCUUGCUAAAGGUGUAUAGACUAGGGAGUCUAACGGACUCGAAACCAAAUCAUUCCAGACUGCUUAAAGUAGCAUUCGGCUCUUCGAACGAACGUGACCUAAUUUUACAAAAUGGACACAAAUUAAAGGGUUCAGGAGUCUUUAUCCGAAAGGACCUACCGUUGGCAGACCGUGUUAAAAGACGGGAAGCCGAGAAAGAACUACAACAUAGGUUAGACGCUGGCGAAAAGGACCUGAAAAUUGUAAAUUUUCGGGUUGUAAGACUUCGACAGAGAAUGAUGCCGAAGCCACUCUGGGUGAAGCACGAAGGCACUUAA